UCUGCAUUAACCAACGCGUUUUUGUUUGGUUUUUGUCCUAACGGGCUACCGUACAACCGGCUCUGUUGAUGGAGUGUUAGCUAACGAGUGUGCGUAGCGUGGAAGAGGUGCACUAAAUCCACAUGAAAUAGCUAGAAUAGAAACAUUUAAACUAUUAACAAACAUGUCAGACAAAGGAGAGGUGGAUUUAACCGGGGCAAAGCAGAACACGGGUGUAUGGCUGGUCAAAGUCCCAAAGUAUUUGUCACAGCAAUGGGCCAAAGCAACAGGGAGAGGAGAAGUUGGAAAGCUCCGAAUAUGCAAGAAUCAAGGCAAAGCCGAGGUGUCUUUCACACUCAAUGAGGAGCUGACCACCGUGGACACCAUUGGGGAGAAAGCCUCUAUGGUACGGGCCCCUAGAGAUCAUCCAUUCACUCUGCAGACGGUCGGUGGACAGACUCUGACUGUUUUUACUGAAAACGCUUCAGGGCAGUCAGAUGCCGAGGCCGGCGGCUCAGGUACAGGUACAGGCCCAGAUAAAAUUGCACUGGAAGGAGUGGUGGUGCAGAGAGCUGAAUGCAGACCGGCCGUCAGUGAAAACUACAUGAGGCUAAAGAAACUGCAGAUCGAGGAGUUAUCUAAACCCAUGAGGUUCUCUCAACAGCUCGACAAAGCAGUUACCACCAACUACAAACCGGUGGCUAAUCACGCCUAUAAUCUGUACUAUGAAAAGAAGAAGAAAGAAGAAGGGAAGAGGGCACGAGCAGAUAAGCAGCAGGUGCUGGACAUGUUGUUCUCUGCUUUUGAGAAGCAUCAGUAUUAUAACAUUAAGGAUCUGGUGGACAUCACAAAACAGCCUGUGAUUUAUUUGAAGGAGAUUCUUCGAGACAUUGGCAUAUACAAUGUCAAAGGCACCCACAAGAACACCUGGGAACUCAAACCAGAGUACCGACACUACCAGAACGAAGAGAAGAGCGACUGAUCAUUUUCAAAGCUUGUUACCAUUGGAACUGAGUGGCUAUGAAAACCUGAAAAGCCAACUUCCCCAAUAAGUUCAAAAUGUUGUUUCUGAAUAAUUUCUUCAAGGAUGAUUUAGUUGUUUUUAGAGGUGCAUCAGAAAACUGUGGCAUUUUAUAAUGCCAAGCAGUUUUUUAUGCUCGUUAUAUUGAGUGAUAUCCAUGAAAAAAAAAAAAAAACCUAGUAAGAGUUGUUCAAAUCUUCCGUCAUCUGAAAAUGAAAAGAACUUAUCUUCUCAUCUUAAUGUUGUGUAUAAAAGGGUGAUGUUGGAUUUUUUCUUAUUUAAAGAAACAUUGAUAGAAUAAUGGUAAACAGUUGUUUAAUUCAGAUUUAGUUUUCUGAUUGAAACACUUAUUUUAGAUGGUAUUUUGUGUUCUUAAAUGCUCUUGAAAUAAAGUUUUUUUUUGUA